AUCACAUGCGUAUGAAAAGCAGCUAAACCCAUUCUGUUUAGUGAUGUACUUGCAAGAUCGAAAUAUUGCUCCUCAACGACUUACAAUCGACAACGUACAAACAUGGCGGUUUGUGUUACGGUCAUUGGGAAAGAAAAUUCUCCAAAGUACAUAUCAUGUCUAAAUCCAGAGCUGGACCUACAAUUUCAGUACAAAGUGCACACUUCCCUUGAUGUUGUUGAAGAGAAGUUAUCAUCUGUUGGUAAAACCAGUGGAGAUGUGAGAGAAUUGUAUCUUGGUUUGCUGUAUUCCACAGAGGAACACAAAAUAUUUGGUUAUGUAACUAAUACCAAAAUCAAAUUUAUUAUUGUUGUUGAAUCAUCUAAUACAUUACUUCGUGAUAAUGAAGUAAGAACGAUGUUUCGAAAGCUGCAUACUAUUUAUACUGAUGUUGUAUGUAAUCCCUUCCAUAUUCCUGGUGAUCCAAUUAUUUCCAAGAAUUUUGAUGCUACUGUGAAGAGUAUAAUGAGUGGAAAUGCAUGAAUUUGUAUAAAAGUGAAUACUGCAUGUGUAUUUAUGAUUUCUGAAGAGUAUUAUAAAUUUCAGGCAUAGAAACUGUUACUGUUUUGUAAAAUUGGAUUUCUAUGAUGUGAAAGCUGACAAUGAAAAAACGUACUAAUAUGAUACCACUAUAUUUACAGAAACAAACAAAAAUUAAUUUCAGUAUAUGUGAAGGUAUAAAAGUAAUUCUGAAAUCAUUUGUUGUAUAGUAAUAUCAGGGUAUUAUUCUUUGAUAAUUGUGUUCUUCAUUCCUACCAGAAAUAGUUAUAAAGUCACUCAAUCUGUGGUCCAGGAUAUUCUUUGAAAAGUUGAUUGUUACUUGGCUUGUCAAAGAAUAGCCCACUUUCUGUAUGGAACCCGAAGGUUCAUAACCGUGUUCACAGAAGCCUGCCACUGGAUUAUUUCCUGAGCUAGCUGCCUCUAUCUGUGUUCCUCCCUCAAAGUGAGAGAUCAAGUUUUGCACCCAUAGAGCACAAAUGAUAAAGUCAUGCUGUGAAAUAUAGUGUAAAGACUUGGUGAAUGAUGCUAUUCCAUUACUGAAAUUAAAAGGUCACAGGAAGAUGAAUGGUUCAACAGAAGAUCUAGCUUCUCAAAAUUUGAUAAUUAUAAAUAGGGUGGUGUUGAUAUACUGGAUGUAACACUGUGUACUAGUUUUAGAGAAAGAUACUGUAUUCAUAUUGGGGGGAUCUUAUAAUGGUCAGUUGGCCUGAUUAUAAGACAAACUUUAUAUCAAAACAAAUUUAAGCUCUAUUGUAAAUAAUAGCCAAGUCUGGCAUAUUUCAGCAAAUGGCCCCAAGACCAGUCAGUUAAUAAUUAUUAAUUUUAAAUAUGCUACCAGUAGUGUAUGUUUAGUAGUCACUAUUAUUUUUACUUUGUUAUACAAUUAUUAUAAUCAUCAUUUCAAAGUACAACACCAAUAAAUUACCUCUAUGUUAACAAAGAUGUCUUUUGGGUUAAUAAAGUCAUGUGGAUGCUAA